ACAUGUAGGAGUUAGCAUGGCUUUUGGAGAGCUUCAGUGCACUGUGUUAACAGUCGUUGAGAGGCAGGCUCCCGCUGCAAUUGACUACACUGUUCUACACUGAGAAUACAGCAGGGUUUUAUCUUUAUGGAAUCGAGAAAACAUCAGUCCCAACUAAGAGAGAGAGUGUGUAUGUGUGUGAAGGGAUGACAAUGAGCCACAUGCUUAUAAAGCAAGAGAAGAGUCGCACAGAUGAUUUAACAGCACUACAUUAUGCCUGCUCACUGUCAUAGCAGGACGUAGGUAAAAUAACUGUGUGUUGUCCUAAAGGAUGUGGAACGAGGGAGAGUCAGAGGGGCUUCAGACUUUAGGCAUAGUGGUGGUGGUGUGCUCCUCUUUGAAACUAUUGCAUUAUCUCGGGCUCAUUGAUUUGGCAGAUGAUAAGGUCGAAGAUGAAUUGGAAAUGUCUACAGUCUGUUAUCGGCCAGAGGGAUUGGAACAGCUUGAAGCACAAACUAAUUUUACAAAGAGAGAACUACAAGUCCUUUACAGAGGAUUUAAAAAUGAAUGUCCAAGUGGUGUUGUUAAUGAAGAUACAUUCAAGCAAAUUUAUUCACAGUUCUUCCCACAUGGAGAUGCAAGCAUGUAUGCACAUUACCUCUUCAAUGCAUUUGAUUCAGCCAACAAUGGAUCGGUGAAGUUUGAGGAUUUCGUCAUGGCUCUUUCAAUUUUGCUCAGAGGAACAGUUCACGAGAAACUGAAAUGGACAUUUAAUCUAUAUGACAUUAAUAAAGACGGAUGCAUAAACAAAGAGGAGAUGAUGAGCAUUGUGAAAGCCAUUUAUGACAUGAUGGGAAAGUUUACAUACCCUGUUCUAAAGGAUGAUGCACCCAGACUGCAUGUCGAUGCCUUCUUCCAGAAAAUGGACAAGAACAAAGAUGGAGUUGUCACCUUUGAUGAAUUUAUUGAAUCAUGUCAGGAAGAUGAAAACAUUAUGCGAUCUUUGCAACUCUUUGAGAAUGUCAUGUAAUGUUCUGAAGAAAUUCAGCCAGUGACAAUAGGAACUAAGCCAAUCUAAGUCAAUGAACUGUGUGUGUCACUGCAGUACUAAUGUUCGACAGUCUCCUUUAUUUCUAAGAGAGUUUACAGAUGCCUGAAAGCACUCACAAAGGGAUGUUUUGUAUGACAGCUACAAAUGGACACUGAAUGUGGCUGCUUUUUUAAGACACCAUGCGUUAUGUAUGGCAUACUGGAUUUUAUAAAGCAUGCUACAUUUUACUGGGGUUUAAAGGGACAAGGAUUUCUUGUUAUGACAUUUGUACACCUGACACAUUCUGCUAGUCAUGAAUAGGGCUCCUGCAAAGCAACGCUAUAAAGCACAAUGCCAUCAGCUCGCUGGCCUGCAGCUUCCAUGACCUGAAACUCAAUGCCUCCAGUUACUGAAUGAAAUAAAUCACUUCUGCUUGUUAUUAUAAUGAAUAUACCAGGUGUCCUGGCCAAAUUUACCCAUAUCUGUAUAAAUGCCACCUCAGGUCACUCCUGAAUAUAGGCCUCAGACCUUAUGAGACCAGCCCUGUCAAUGGAAACAAGCAAGCACAUAAAUAAAUACAUUGUAAUUAGUCAGAAUCAGGCUAACAUGAUUAUCAGUUUCUACUUCCUUGUGCAUAGAUUUAUACCACUCAUAAUUUGUUGCUUCCAUAUUUUAGGUUCUAUCUAAUUUUGUGUUCUGAAUCAAAAUGUUUAUAUGUUGAUGCCUUGUUACUUCUACAUAUAAUUGUACAACUUGUCCAUUACUUAUGUUGUCUAUUUCAGCUAUUUCACAGUUAUCUGUUUAUGUUUGCCUGGUUAAAUUUUCUGGCCAGUUCUUUUAAAUCAUAAAAUCAGCUGCCAGAUUUAUACUACCAUUUCUUUUAGAAGUGGUUGCCAAACAAAAUGCUAAUAUUCAAUUGUCAUUUUUCUCACAUUGCCCUAGUUCUAACCUCAGUCCCAGCCAUUUUCCCAGUGCAGUCUCUUGAGCAAAUAUUUGCCUUUAUAUUACUCUUCCAGAUUCAGAAGCAGGAUCCCACUGCUAAGAAAUAUUUCUAUUCCUGUGAUUAAGUACGGCAAAAUAUACAAUAAACACAGUAUUGAAAAUGGUAUAUGAUAAAUCAUUCUGAAUUAUUACUGAUAUCCUUUAAGGAUAAUAUCAUUAUAUUAUGAUGAUUAAUUAUAGCAUGAGGAUUAAUAAAACACAUUUUUAAUUUGUAGUGGUGUACACAUAUUCAUGAGUAUUUCCCUGAAUAACUACAUUGUCAAUGUAAGGGAAGAUACCUAAGCUGAAACAAACAUGAGUUAUAUAGUAUCAUCAAAUUCCAAUACCUGCAAUCCAACUAAACAUAUAAACUCAUUCCUUAUUACAGUUUUCAGCCUGCAUAUCUGAAUCAGAAACUAAUUCAUCUCAGAUGGGCUGAAUUUCAUAAAAAAAUACUUAAAUAAUUGUCCCUCAGCAUCAUAUUUAAGAUGCAUUCAUUUUUAAAACCAGACGUAAAACAAACAUUUUGGGCUUAUCUUCUUUCCUUAUCAUCUUUCUUCAGUAUCAAAGCACAGUGAAUAAUGAAAGCCCCUUAUAACCUUCUUGCUUAUUUUAUAUAUUAAAUAUAUUUUAAAUUAAGUUACCAUGUGAUUGUUAUGUUCUGAAAAGUCUGACUUUAGCUGUCUGCCAAAUAUGUCAGGACUUAAAUGGUCCAAAAUGGCGUGUAACAGUACAAGUGACUGAAAUCACAAUUUUUUGUAUAAUAGCAGCUUAACCCUGAAGUCUCUCUAAAAAAAAUAUAUAUAUAUAUAUAUAUAUAUAUAUAUAUAUAUAUAUAUAUAUAUACCCUCCCCCAUUUUUAAAUUCCAGUCUCUGCAUUGUGGUUGCACAUAGCCUGAUGUUCUAAUGGCAACUAGAUUUGUCUGUAGAAAUAAUCAGUCAUUCCUGAGUCUCGUUUCAGUCUUAGUAGCUGUUGUCUUCAAUUUGCUGUUGCUUUAGCUGAGGAGAUUAAUGCUUUGUCUGCGUUAAGUCUGUUUUAUUGUUUAUACUGGAAAGCGGAUUAAAGUACUGUUCAUUUUCAUUAUCAACCAUAAUAAAAUGCGUAUUAAUAACACAA